AACACGAACAUAGCGAGAAUCUCACUUUUCGGAAUUCAGUCGUAAUAACGUGCAACAUAUCCAUCCAAGAAGGCACUGCAUCGCUGCGUAGUCAGACGCGUCGCCCACCGCGCCUGCUGCGAUGGCGGAGCCAUGGCCGGAGGGGGUGAUGUGGCCUACCGAAUACCGAGAGCAUGCCCUUCAACUUAUGAAGUACCUGCUGGAGACCCGCAGCUGUAUCGACCGCACUGGAAGCCGGACCGUGCCAACGGAGGUCGCGAAGAUGAUAAUCCAAGGAGCGACGACGUUCGUUGCAAAAGCACAGAACAUCCCCGACAUGACCGCUAUCUAAGGCGCGCUGCGCGAGAUGCGUAGAGACGCGAAGGCAAUGAAAGAGGAGACGUCGCAGAGACUAGAAGCACUCAAGAAAGAGCUACGAGGUACAAACGCACAAAUAGAGAGGAUCGCCGCGGUCGGCCAGGAGACUAAGGGAGCAGCAAAAGAGGCAAUAGAAGUAGGCAAGGUAGGAGUCGCAAUCAUAUAGGACGUCAAAAACAACAACCUAUAGAUUCAAAAGAAUGCGCCAAUAAGCUAUGCAGCAGCAGUAGCGAGCGGUACACUAGCCAGCAGUACGCACAACCCUUAUCAUACGCAGACCGCAUCCACCUAGAGCUAGCGUAAAAUCAUCGUAAAUAUUAGAAACCUAGUAACCAUUGAACGCUUGCGCGC